UCUCUGCGGAUAAAUAAAUGUUUAUUUAUUAUGUUGCGAAAUGUUAUUAGGCAUAAGCGACCAGUGCUUUCCUUUCGUGAGAACAUGUUGUGUUUGUUCCGUAGAGAUAACGGUGUAGCGUGUCUCGUUCUUUAUGUUUCGACGUUUCCAACCUGCGAGAUUCGACAAUAUUUCAUGUCUUAGAUUUCAUUUCACGAGCUAGGAAUUUAAAAGAAAGAAAGAAAGAAAGAAAAUUCUUCUCUCUUUUAUCCAAUGCCAGAAAACUAGCAGCAACAAAGGCCGUGUUCAUUUGUUAUUGUUAUAAAUUGUGGGGCAUUUGCUUCGAUUGUAUUUUUUGGCCAAAACGGAUUUUGAAGUGAAGAGGCUACUUUUAAGGGGAUAUAGCUUCUGGUUUCUGUUGCUCAAAUGUUUUGUUUUGUUUUUCGUUUUUUGAAUUGCGUGUUUCUCUCUGGAAAAUUUUCAUUGGGUGGUGGUUGUCUCUGGCAUUUGAAAGUUGGUAGAAAGUUAUGAAUUUUCCCUUUUGAUUAUUUCUUCUUGUUCCCUUUCUUUGGGCAUUUUUAUUUGUUUAUUUGCCUAGUUUUGUGUUUUCAAGUAUUGUUGGUUAAUGGUUCACAUUGCUUGAACUUGGAGAGUGGUUUCUUAUGGUUAGAGUAGUGAAUGGUGGGGGCUUGGUUUGAUUAAGGAGGAGAAUAUGAGUUUUGUCAAUCAGGGAUUGUGGUAUUGUUGUUUAGUAUGAAGUGAUUUUGAGCUGUUGAUUAUUUAGUUUGUUAUUACAAGAACAGUCGAAGGGGAUUUCUCUAAUUCAUGGAAAGUUCUUCCCUUGGCUGUUUGGUGCUAAUUAUUGAAAGAAAGAUAGUGAAUUGUACUGUGGAGUUGGGGUAGUGGCUGUGGCAGGGAGGGUGAAAUGGAUUUGUGGGUUGUUGCAGCAGCCGCUGGAGCUGGGUGUUUAGCUAAAUAUUGGAACAGGAACUCAAAAAGUGGCAACAGCACUUGCCUUUCCGCUUUAGAGAAUUCAUGUUUUGAGAAUCCUGAGUCCCCGAGCAGCCCCUUUCCCUUCUCCAAACAAGCACGAAGAGAUGUUUAUUCAGAUGUGAAGUCCUCAGAUCUGAACACACCUGGUACUCUUUUGACAGGAGAAGUAGCUUCUAACAAAGGGCUUAAUAGUGAACAAAUAAGACACUUCCGUAAUUAUAACAAGCUUGAUGUCCUAUCUAUAUUGAACUUAGCAGUGUCUUUAGCACCGUAUGAUGAUAAGUUUAAGGAUGUUAAAGAUGGACAUAUGCCAGGCUCUUCUGAUAUUGUUGGCAAUUGUGGUUUCUUUCUUCCCGAUUCUUCUGUUGAAGUGGUUCCUAUUCGUAACUCUUCUGGUCAUAAAACCUUUCUCAAGACGAAGCGUUUGUCUGGGCGUGUUAGUAGACGUUUAAGUUCCUUAGAAAGUUGCUGCAUGGCUCAGCUAUACAAGGAGCAUGCUGAAACAGAAUACGUCUUUAGUUCUUUUUCGUCCCCAUCCACAACUACAAGAUCAUUUCUUGUAAGCAAUGGAAGCCAAAUAAUCAACAGACCAAAUAAUAAUUUGUUCAGUGCAUCAUUUGGAAGCAAGGAACAUAAGUUGCAUAAAGAAGCUAGUCAAGUAAAGGACGAAAAUGUAUUUGGCGUUCCUUCCUUACAGAUGAAAUUUAAUGCAGUCAUCGGAGGACGUCGAAGAUUGAGCUCUUCUGAUGAUGCGUUGAGUGAAAAACUCUUCCAUACUCAAUGUGAUACAACAUUUCUCUUCAUUCUUGGGAUUUCUUUUGGGAUGAUAACUUCCAUCAUGGCAAAUGAAAGAGAAAUAGACAAGUUAAGAGAGUUGUUGAAGCAGACAGAAAACUUGGUUCAAGAUUUACAAGAGGAACUUGAAAUGAAAGAUUCACUGACUGUGAAGGAGAUACAUAAUGAAAAUUAUGGUUCACAGGAUGCAUGUGAUCAUUUCUCUUAUGAGAAGGAGCUGAAUGAAUUUUCCCCUGAAAAACAUAUGGAUAACUCACCAAGAAUUGACUCCCAAGAAUCAUAUGAUCAGAAGGUAGAACAGAGUUCAGAAUCCAUGAGCAAAAUUGAAGCUGAGCUUGAAGCUGAACUUGAGAGAUUGGGGUUGGACAUGAAUGCAUCAAGCCUAGAAAAAAAAUUAUCCGAGCUUGUUGAGCUUGACCCAGAGUUUGUAGCAGAUUUUGCUCAAGGUGAUUUAAGAGCUGACAGGAUCGGUGGCAAUGAUUUUGUCCCUCUAAAAUCAAAUGAUGAUGCCAGUGACCCAACACCUCUACCUGGUAACUAUGCAGUUUUGCCUCAUGAGCUGAGUUUGCGUUUGCAUGAAGUUAAACAAUCCCAACUUGAGCAACGCGUGAAGGAACUUGAGAUUGCACUUGAAAGCAGCCAAAGGAAAGUACGACUUUUGGAAUUGGAUCAGGAGGGUCAUUUCGAAAAGGUAUCUUCCUUUACCAAAGGAAAUGAAGACUGGGAUCCUAUGUCCCAGCCCUUAGUUCUCAAUUUAUCAGGUGAAGCUCUCGAUGCAUACAAUGAGGCCUAUGAAGAAUUAAUAAAGAUAAAUGACUCUGAAGAAAAUUCACCCUCAGAGAUCUAUGAUAGUGGUGACCACAAAGAAGGUUCACAUUCACAAGAUUGGCAUGCAUUUGAGGUUCAACACGGAGGAGCAAAUGGUGCCGCAACUUAUCCUGCAAGUGAGCUCUCUUUUAGCAAGGUGACCAUGUUGGAAGGGAAUUCUAGCAUUUGUGAAUUAGAUGGUACUGAAGUUGAAAGUUGUGGUUUUGAUGGUGAGGUAGAACAGCAAUUGAUAAGGCAAAUCGUUGAAAUGACCAAGAAAGGUUCUCCAGUUUUUAAAUAUGCAGAGAGGAUAUUGUAUUCUAUGGAUGAAGACCAACAUUGAUAUCAAAUAGUUUAAUUCAUGUAGGAAUAGAAUAGAGUAAUAUUUGUUAGUAUUGUAAACCUUCCUUUGUUUUGACCUUAUUUUUAGACCGUAUUCCUACAUGGCCCUUCUUCCCCUGAAUUCCUUGCCUCUAAGUGAAAAAUCAAGUCUACUAGCUAAUUUCUGUGACU